AUGAGUGAUAUUGAAUACUAAUUGAGGAUGAAGAAGCUUUGUAUAUUGUUUUGAUCUAAAUUUAGAAUUAAACUAUAGAUUUCUAGAAAUUAAUGGAAAAAAUCUUCCUUCAAAGCAUAAAAAUAGAUUGAAGAGAAAUUAAUUAAUAAAUUAAACUAAACUUAGCAAAAAUCAUGGUUCUUCCUAAAGUGAAUAUGUUUGUAGGACUCUGUGCAUUGAGCUUUUAAGCCUUUGUGCUUUAUCCCUGGCAUAAUGUGAUAUCAGAAUAAGUUCAAAAAUUGGAUAAAAAUAUUAAAAUACUAGAGAUAAUGCAGCAAUAACUUGUUAAAGAAGCUGA